AUGAGCUCUCUUUUGAACCGCCAUGUCUUGACUCGAACUUCAUCUAUCCUCACCAUCAAAAGGCAUCUAUCUUCUGCCAAAUUCUCUGCCCAAAUCUUCAAGGAUUCGCAGUCUGCGGAGCAAGUACAUUCUUCCCAUGCCGCACAACUCAAAGUAAACGAUGACGGGACUCAAAUCGACGUUUUUCCACGGUUGAAUGGACUUCCAGAGGUCAUUGUCACAGGUCGCGCAAAUUCUGGGAAAUCCUCGUUGUUCAAUGCCGUCUUAGGGCGUAAGGACUUGAUCGCGACUAGCUCAAAGGCGGGAAAGACGCGACGUCUGGAUUUCUUUCGUGUUGGUGCCGCUCCAGGAAACCUUAUUCUAGUCGAUUCUCCAGGUUAUGGCAACCGAGGACGUCCAGAAUGGGGCUUGCUUUUCAACUCCUACGUGAAAAAUCGGCAAGAGCUGAAACGCGUAUACAUUACUUUCAAUGCGAAACAUCCGAUCAAUGAUAGAGACCAACAAAUGCUCGCGCAUCUUUCUCGAACUCUCUUCGAAGUAUUGUCGACUAAUUGGGCCACAUCCUUAGAGAGUGGCAACCUACGCCUGCCUCGCAUCACUCAAAUUCAGCCAGUAAUAACCAAAGCGGAUUAUCUCCCUUCAGCCACUGCCGAAGCACAGCUCGUCAUUGACCGUUUCAGAAAAGAAAUUCAUUCCGCGAUAAAGCUCUCUUUAGAGGAUUCAGAAACUGGACGUAUGGGGAUCUCUUCGGAGGAAUUGGCCAAAUUGAUGUGUCUUUCACCAUUGGUCACUACUGUAAGGUUGAACCCGCCUUUUGGCAUUGAAAGUGUGAGGAGAAAUAUCGUGGAAGCUUGUAAUUUACCAGGGUAA